GAAUCAUUAGAAGAAAAACUGUUGGUAAUUGGAAAAAUAUUUACGAUCAGGUGGGUUGCUUCAAGUGAACAAAGGUUAAAAGCUGUUUGGAACAAUUACUCUGCACUAUAUCAACAUUUUUUAAAAGCAUCAUUUGACUGCCAUAGAGACUCAAAAGAAAAGGUCAAGUAUAUUGGAUUGAAAAGAAUGUUGGGUUCAGUUGAGUUUGUUCAUAACUUAGAUGUUAUGCAUGAUGGAUUAUCUGAAUUGGCUACAUUAUCUUUGCAGCUUCAAAAUAGAAGUAUUUCACUUUGGAAUGCCAAUACUUGCAUUGAGCGUACAAUUCGCGUACUUAAUUCAAUGGCCAAUCAACCUGGACCAAGAUCUGAAGAAGCUAGUCACGCUUGUGUAAAUUUAAUUUUUAAAGAUGUUCCAUUGAUAAAUUAUGCUAAGAUACCAAAAAUAAACUCUGGGCAGUUUUUUAGAAGUCUUUCAAAUAAUAUGCACUCUAGACUUUUCACAUUUCAGGCGUCAAAUACCGCAAGUUCCGGCAAUACUUUCAAAAACAAAUACGAAGAUCUCCUCAAAGACAUGGAAGUUCUUGAACCUAAAUCUUGGCCCGAUAAUUGUGAUAUUCAAUUUGGAGAUAAAAAUAUUAGAAGACUGACAGCUACAUUUCAAGUCGAUGAAAGAUCUACUGUACAAGGUUUUCGAGAAUAUAAAGACACUAGAGUUAUAUCAUCAAUAUCACCUUUAAACCCAUUAUUAGUGGCCAUCAAAACAAUUGCAAUUUCAUCAUCUGAGUGUGAAAGGACAUUCAGUGCUAUGAAUAACACUGUUACAUUUGAAAGAAAUAAACUAACUACACAACACAUAUCUUCACUCCUCUUCAUACAAUGUGUUGGUCCUCCAGUAAUAGCUUUUAAUCCAGCCAACUAUGUAAAGUCAUGGAUCCUCAAUGGAAGAAGAUAUGCGAAUGAGUUGUGCUGUCCAAAAAGACAACUAAAAAAUUGUGAUAAUUAUUCUCAACUAUGGAAUCUUUUAAAUGAAGAUGUAUAAUUAAUAAUUAU